AUGGCGUCGGAUAGUGUCGAAUCGCCCAACGCCGUGCCAUCGUUUGCCGAUAGCGUCACGGCACAUUGGUCGAGAGCGUAUCAACCGCGCGUGGAAUUCUAUAGGUCUAUCCUAAACAACCAGCAUAGCUCGAGGAAGGCUCCAUCUGAAGCUCUGAGGCAGAUGCGCGAAGAAUCGAUUAUCAUCAAGGCGCAGCAUGCUCUUCUACACGAGUGUCAUAAUGCGCUACUUCCCGUGUCGAGGCUCGCCCCGGAGUUGCUAUCACACGUCUUUCACUUCCUCGCUCAAGACCUACCUCUCGUGCCAGAUGAAGCAGAGAAACUGGAUCGCGCAAUAUAUAUGCGGCGACGUGAGAGAAACGCGAACUCUCAUCCCCUACGCAGAUCCUGGACAAAAGUCCUCUUCGUCUCACGACACUUUCGGCGCACGGCGCUCGGCGAUCCAUCCCUUUGGCCCACCAUUACAACAGCUCUAGGGCAAGAGUGGAUGGCCAAGCUCAUAGAUUUCAGCGGAUCAUCCCUUGUUACUUUUCACCUCGGUGCACGUUAUGACGGCAUGAAGAAGGCUACAAAAGCUGCGCUGCUCAAAACCAUCAGUCGAGUUCGUGGUCUGCAAAUCACAAGCGAUUCUAAAGGGCUCCGUGCUCUCAGACUAUCAUCUAUCGAACUACCAGAGCUUCACCAGAUCCGCUUUCACAUGGAGGCCGACGAGGAAGACGCCAAUACGGAUAGCGAAGAUACGGUGCCAACAUGGGACCCUACUGCCCUCGCUCAAGUGAAUGCACCGGCUCUCCGAAAGCUCUCGAUCCAUGGCUUUGGCGACUUCCCUUGGGCAUCCAACCUUCUUCAACACCACCUUACUACGCUGCACAUUGGCAUCGACCUCGAACCGUCCUAUGAUCACGUCGAGUUCCCCUCUCUCAGAGCAAUGCUCUCCGCGUUAUCUAGGCUCUCCAGUCUCACGACGCUGUCUCUGAAGCGAUGCAAAGUGAAAGUGAUUGAAUCCGCAUUGGCGGUCGCCUGUCUGCCGCUUUUGCGCACACUUCGGCUUGAAGAUUGCUCUUACAUGCUCGUCGCAUACACGUUCGCCCACCUUCAGGUCCCACAGGAGGCGAAGCUUUACUUUUCUACGGACAUCAAUCGGUUCAACGAUCGGACAAGCCCCCACAUGGCGCAUAACCUCCAGAUGUCCCAAUCGUUCUUCAGAACUCUCCAAGAACACCUCGCUACCCCGUUUUGGCAAGAUCUGCGCACCGUCGAGCUCAUGACCAUGCCUGAGGCGUAUCCGGAGAUGUACUCUACGGAUGAUUCGGUCGAGAAGGACGACUACAGCGACUACGACGAUAUCGACAAGCAAUGCUUUGUCAUGAACGCGUGGAGGCAGGACGACUCACGCAUUGUCUGCGCUGAUUGCGAGCGUGUACCGCGGCGAAAGAAGGGUUACUUCGAUACACCCUUUGACUACGUACGCUACGAAAGACCGGAGCCGGAUCUCACCAUCUCGAUCUAUCACGGCCGGGAGUCCUUCAAGUUCGCCGACGAGUGCCUGCGUCUCUUUGAACACUCUCCUUCCGUCAGGACGCUGUCGUUGCGUCCGGACCACAAGACCUGGACGCUCGGAGGCUGGCCAAAGUCGCUCGACAGUUUCACAAACGUGUCCUUCCUUAGGGUGGACGGUGUCCUCGGACAAGUCAUUCUUCAAAGGCUGUAUGAAAGGGGAAUAGCUUCGCAAGGGACGGGCGGAUCCGGCGCGAAGCCGCCACAGGUUCUUCCUCGGCUGAAAAGUCUAGCUCUAUUGCGCGAUGGGGAGCAUGUACGGUGGCGAACGCGUCCCGACAUUCCGGGCUUUGGUGACCGCCUACAGUUGUUGGCGGCGGUCUGGAAGCUUCGCGCUGAGAGCGGAGCGUCACUUCAGGAGGUCGCCCUUGACGAGCGACGCUGUGCACUAUCGCACUUUCAGUCCCUCCGCAAGACGGUGAACAUCCGCGCCAUUCACUUGUGGGACUUUGGAUCUUACGAGCCGAUACUUAGCGAAGAGGAGGACGAAGAAAGCGAAGAAGAGGAUGAGGAUGAUUACGAUGGACAUACGUACUUCUAG